AUGGGCGCCGGGGCCAGUGCCGAGGAGAAGCAUUCCCGUGAGCUGGAGAAGAAGCUCAAGGAAGAUGCUGAGAAGGAUGCCAGGACCGUCAAGCUGCUGCUGCUGGGAGCAGGGGAGUCGGGGAAGAGCACCAUUGUCAAGCAGAUGAAGAUCAUCCACCAGGAUGGUUACUCACUGGAGGAAUGUCUGGAGUUCAUCGCCAUCAUCUACAGCAACACGCUCCAGUCCAUGCUGGCCAUUGUGCGGGCCAUGACCACCCUGAACAUCCAGUAUGGGGACUCAGCUCGCCAGGAUGAUGCCCGCAAGCUGCUGCACCUCUCAGACACCAUCGAGGAGGGCACCAUGCCCAAGGAGAUGUCAGACAUCAUUGGGCGGCUCUGGAAGGAUACGGGCAUCCAAGGUUCUGGUGAUGCCAACCCAUGUCUUAUGCUCUCCACGUGCCCGGCCAGCUACCUGUCAGACCUGGAGCGCCUGGUGACCCCUGGCUAUGUCCCCACGGAGCAGGAUGUGCUGCGCUCCCGAGUCAAGACCACCGGCAUCAUCGAGACCCAGUUCUCCUUCAAAGACCUCAACUUCAGGUGGAACCGCAUGCACGAGAGCCUGCACCUCUUCAACAGCAUCUGCAACCACCGCUACUUUGCCACCACCUCCAUCGUCCUCUUCCUCAACAAGAAGGACGUUUUCCUGGAGAAGAUCAAGAAGGCCCACCUCAGCAUCUGCUUCCCUGACUAUGAUGGUCCCAACACCUAUGACGACGCGGGCAACUACAUCAAGCUGCAGUUCCUGGAGCUGAAUAUGCGGCGGGACGUGAAAGAGAUCUACUCCCACAUGACCUGCGCCACCGAUACCGAAAACGUCAAGUUUGUCUUCGACGCCGUCACUGACAUCAUCAUCAAGGAGAACCUCAAGGACUGCGGGCUCUUCUGA